ACGCAAACCUUCGUCACCAUCCCAAUUGCCUUUGCAUUGUCACAAAGGUCAUCUAAAUUUUGGAAGUAUAUAGACAAAAGAAGCGCAUACUAAUUAUGCAGCUAGAUUCUGAUUUCUGGGAAUAGUUGUGAAGUUGAAACCAAACAUGGCAAAAGUGUUUGAGAAUCAGGCAAGGCAAUAUGCAGAUUCAAGGCCAACUUACCCUUCCCAACUAUUCCGCUUCGUCGCCUCCAGCACGCCCUUUCAUCAUCUCGCUUUGGACGUCGGCACCGGCAACGGCCAGGCUGCCCAAUCUUUAGCGGAGAUAUACCAGAAUGUGAUUGGCACGGAUACGAGUGAGAAGCAGCUUGAAUUCGCAGUGAAGCUCCCAAAUGUGAGAUACAAGCACACACCUUCGACGCUGUCUAUGACGGAGCUGGAACAGACCGUGGCGCCGGCGGGAACUGUCGACGUCGUAACCGUUGCUCAGGCCCUUCACUGGUUUGACCUCCCGAUUUUCUACCGGCAAGUGAAAUGGUUGCUCAAGAAGUCUCACGGAGUAAUCGCUGCUUGGGGUUACAACGUGCCACGAGUCACCGACGAUGUAGACAAGGUGUUCGACGAAUUGUACGAAGUGAAACUGAGGCCUUAUUGGGAUCCACGGCUUGCAAUGUGGGAAGAUAAUUACAGGAACAUCGAUUUUCCGUUUGAGCUGGUGGCCGGAGCGGAUGAUACAGGACCGAUCGAGUAUGUGAUGGAGAAGGAGAUGGAUUUGGGGGCUUACUUGAGGUAUGUAACGUCUGUUUCACCGUAUCAGACAGCGAAGGAGAAAGGAGCGGAAGUUCCAUGGGAGGAUUAUAUUGAAAGAUUGAAGAGUGCUUGGAUUGAAGAUGGAUCUCAUACUAAGGUUGCCAGGCAUCCUGUUUUUCUCAGAAUUGGAAAGGUUGGGGACGGCUGAAAGUUCCCAAAACUUAAACCUCAAAAUCUUUUAGGAAUUAUUGUUAAUUAAGAGUAAGAUUUUUGCUUCUGUUGGGGAAAAGGAAAAUAAAAAAAAAAAAAAAUUAGAAAGAGACUAUUUGCUUUGAUCAAGUUCAUAGUUCAUUUCUGUGACUCA